GGGACCCCAAAAGGGGCCGGCGGCGACCCCGCCCAGGGAGGGGCGGCGGGGGGGGAAGCCCCUCCCCGCUCCGCUCCCCCGGACGAGCCGGACCUGGAGCGGCUCCUGCGCUGCUCGGAGCCCGAGGGACCCCCGGAGGGACCCCCGGAGGGACCCCCGGAGGGACCCCCGGAGUGUCCCCAGGAGUGUCCCCAGGAGGGACCCCCCGAUUGUCCCCCCGAGGGUCCCCCCGAGGGUCCCCCCGAGGUUCCCCCGGCGCGGCCGCUCAGCCCGACCCGGCUGCAGCCGCUGCUGCCCCCGGGGGCCCGGGGGGUCCCGGAGCUUCAGGAGCUCCGGAGGGUCCUGGCGGAGAUGCCGCGACCCCUCAAGCGCCGGGGCUCGAUGGAGCAGAGCCCCGGGCCCGCGGCGGCGGCUCCCAACCGGGCCCGCCAGUACCGGCAGCUGAUCCCGCGCCUCCUGCACCGGCCCGGGGCUCCCGGGACCGACACCGGCACCGCCGAGGGGGCGGCACCGGCACCGGCACCGGCACCGGCCCUGGAGAGCGCCGGGACAGCCCCGGUGACAGCGGCGGGGACGGGACAGGUGACGGAGCUGCGCUCGGCCCUUCGGGACCCCUCCUCCCCUCGGCGCCGCCCCGGGGCUCGGGUGCGGCUGAACCCGCUGGUGCUGCUGCUGGACGCCGCCCUCACCGGGGAGCUGGACGUGGUGCAGCAGGCGGUGGCACAGCUGAACGACCCGAGCCAGCCCAACGACGAGGGCAUCACGGCGCUGCACAACGCCAUCUGCGGCAGCAACUACGGAAUCGUGGAGUUCCUGAUCGCCAGCGGGGCCAACGUCAACUCCCCGGACAGCCACGGAUGGACCCCCCUGCACUGCGCAGCGUCCUGUAACGACACCGGCGUCUGCGUCGCCCUCGUCCGUCACGGCGCCGCCAUCUUCGCCACCACGGGCAGCGACGGCAGCUUGGCCGUGGAGAAAUGCGACCCGUACCGGGAGGGGUACGCUGACUGCUCCAGUUACCUUACUGAGGUGGAGCAGGGGAUGGGGGUGCUGAACAGCGGCGUGGUGUACGCGCUCUGGGAUUACAGCGCCGAGUUUGGGGACGAGCUCUCGUUCCGGGGAGGGGGAGCCGGUGACGGUUCUGCGCCGGGAGCCCCCCGAGGAGCUGGAGUGGUGGUGGGGGUCCCUGUACGGCCACGAGGGAUACGUGCCCAGGAACUACUUCGGGCUCUUCCCGAGGGUUCGGCCGCAGCGGAAGAAAAUCUGAGGGGGGGAGGGGCCUGGACCCCUCCCCAAAUUCAGCCCCUCCCCCCUCCCCUCCCCUCGUUCCGGGAGGUUCUGGAAGGUUCUGGAAAGUUCUGGGAGGAUCCACGGAUGAUUCCCAAGGAAUCCCAAAUUCCCCAACGAUGA